AUGGUACAAUUAAAUGCAAGCAAGAUAAUUUUAAUUGUUUUAGUUAUAUUAAUAUGCUUUUUGCUUGGCUAUUUUGUAGACAAUAGUAGAAGAAAUUAUUAUAAAAAACCAAAUAAUUCAAUAUUUGAUGAUUUGAGUAAUAUUAAUAUGUCGAGUGAUAUAGAAAAUAAUUUAGAUAAUAAUUCUGAGGGAUGUAUAAAUGAUUGUUUACCAAAAUUAGAAAAAAUUUGCAAAGAGAAUCAAACGGCUAUUUUGAAUGCUGUAGAGAAAGUAGAUGAUGUUAAUAACCAGUUUUUGUGUAAAGAAGACGAAAAAGUAGAAAGUUAUAAAUUUGACAAAAUCAAUUUACAACAAAAUUUUAAGACACUUACCAAUAAAGAAGAUUCUAGCAUAAUAGCUGAAAAUAGUAAAAAUACUUUUUUACUCAACAAACAACCUGCAACUGAAGAUUUUUCCCUUUUUAGAGGCGAAAAAGAGAAAUUUUUAGUUUUUGAUGUUUUAUUUAAUAAUAGCUUUAAUAAUGUAAUUGUUUGUAAUGUUAAAAACACACUUACAAAUUUUUUAUCUUGCAUACAAAUAACAUCAAACAUUCCUCUUAAGCUUUUACUAAAAAAGUAUACACCAUGCUUUAUUUCAAUGUUUGUUUAUAAUUUUUUUUAUGAAGUAAAACAAUCAGAAAUUAUUAUUCAAAAUUUUAUAGAUGAUGUGUGUUACAUUGGUACACCUAUCUGUAAUAGCAUAUUUAAAUUAUUAGAUCCAAACUAUAAAUGCAAUUUAGUAGGGGAGGAAUCUUUAAUAAGUAAUUUUAAAUACUUAGAUAGUGAUAUUAAUGUUAUCAUAAAAUUUUUACGGUAUUUUCUAAGUAAAAAAAAUACGAAGCCUUGCUUAAAUUUACACGAAGAAGUUGAUGGAAAAGAAUAUUUAUUUUUUAAGAGUGCAAGUGAAGAUACAGUGUGGUACAAAACAGUUAUAGAAUGUUUAAGUAAAAAUAAAUUACUGGCAUGCAUACACGAAGACAAAAUUUUUAUAGCAAAAGAAUUUUAUUCGGGUUAUUUUAGUACCUUGGAUUUUUUGAUUUAUAUUUAUGGGAAUUUAUUAGCAGAAAUGAUUACUGGUAAAAAAAUGAAUAUAUGA